AUGAUGAAUGACGUUCUACGUAACCAGCUCGAUAAGUUCGCCAUGGUUUAUCUCGAUGACAUCAUAAUCUACUCACCGACAUUGGAGCAGCACAUCCAACAUGUCGAUGCCAUCCUUAGCACCCUUGCCACACACGAACUCAUCCUUAAUGAAGCCAAAUGUAUAUGGGGAGCUACCAAACUACUCUAUCUCGGACACAUCAUUUCUGCUGAAGGUAUACGUCCGAACCCUGAUAAGAUAUCAGCGAUAUUGACUUGGCCUCGUCCCCAGACCAUAACUCAGCUCCGGGGUUUCUUGAAUAUCGCUGGCUAUUACAGACGUUUCAUACGGAGUUUUGCGAAGACAGCUGGAGCUCUCUACUCUCUCUUGAAAGGACGUCCGCAGAAGGGAUCGACUAUUGAAUGGCCUGAAAGUUGUGCGCAGGCAUUUCAAAAUUUAAAACAGCAUCUCACCAGUCCGCCUCUGCUUAUCUAUCCAGUUCCAUGGCGAGUUUUCGUCAUUGAUAGCGACGCGUCCGGCGAAUGUAUCGGAGGAGUUUUGCAACAGACAUCUUAUCCACUCGAAGCGUCUACCGAAGGGGGAAGGAAUAGUGAUUCUUCUGACACUCGCUUCGAGUUCCGUGAUCGCAAUCUUCGCCCUAUUGCCUAUGAAUCUCGUCGUUUGACACCAACCGAACAGAGAUAUUCUGCGCAGGAGCGCGAGAUGCUGGCCAUUGAUUAUUUACUUCAAAAAUGGCGCGCCUACAUCGAGGGGUCACCUAUCGUCGUCAGGACAGAUCAUGAAUCAUUGAAAUACUUUCUUACUCAAAAGAGUCUCGGCCGUCAUUUACAGCGCUUUGCCGACAAUAUCGCCCAUUUUGACGUGAAGAUUGUCUAUCGUCCAGGGAAGCAUCAGCUCGCCGCUGAUGCAUUAUCACGACGCGACGGUGAAGACAUACUGGAUUCCGAUACAUUGGGCCCGCUCUUUGCUCAUCCUAUGACUGUGGCGCCAGCACCUACGCUUCCACGCACGAAUAGUGCGGAUUUGAUUUUUGGUUCCGAAGAAUGGUUGUAUUGCAACAACCACGCCGAACCGGCACCCAAAUCAUCUCGAGAACAGACAGAAGAACCUAGGUCAGUGUACCAGACACUGAAAAAAUGGUAUGAUAGCUUACGCGCGAAAGCCGAUAGUGGUGACUCUAGUCCUGACCAGCGCGGCUUCUUCAUGCGUGGCGAUGUGAUGUAUCGCCUUCUCGAUAAUAAGGUCUUGGUGGUUCCUAUGAAUUUCGAGCAAUCGGAGAUGUUAGUACGGAAUGUUCAUCAGGAUCUUGGUCACCUUGGUUUCCGACCGGUUGUUGAAGCCAUUAAGGACCGUGCCUGGCUGCCCGAUCUUUCGGAGGUUGUCGAUUUCGUUAUUCGCACCUGUGAUCAUUGUCAAUUCUCGCACAGUGGCCCUGUCCCGACUCAACCUUUGCAUCCUCUUCCACGCGUUGGAGCUUGGAGCCGUUGGGCUCUUGAUUUCGUCGGUCCCCUCCCGCGCACAGCCGCCGGUAAUGCAUAUUUAUUGACCACAAUGGACCACGGCACUGGUUGGACCUACACAGAUCCACUCCCGCAACGCUCGAAGGAAGCUGUUGUUUCAAUGCUGAAGAAAAUUAUUACUGCGCAUGGGAAACCUUUGAGUAUCCUGACCGAUAACGGUGAAGAAUUUAUAUCCUACCUGGUUCAAAAUUUCCUCCACCGUCUUUCAGUCAAUUACCUUCGCACGACGCCCUACCACCCGCAAACGAAUGGCCGCCUUGAGCGUUUCAACUACGAGCUGGAAGAGAUGUUAAUGCGCUAUUGUGCCCCGAAUUCGCAAGGUAAUUGGGAUACUUACGUUGACGAUGCCUUGCUGGCGCAUCGCGCACAUAUCAAUCGCCGCUCGGGGACCUCCGCAUUUUAUUUGACUUACGGGUGCACGCCUCGUCUGCCUCACGAUCUCGUUGCUGACACUAUUCAAGUGCCUCCUACCGAUGAGGAGAUCGGUCAGCUACAGAACGAACGACUUGAACAUAUCCAGGACUUGGAGCGCCUCCGCGAAGAGGCUAAUGAACGUGCUAGGCACCGCCUUGAAGAACAGGCCGAACGCCGCGAAAGUUCCUAUCGCGAGCGUGCUUUGGGAAUUGGAGAUCUUGUUCUUCGAAGGUCAGAACCUGAUUCGAAAAUCCACCCGCGCUGGGAUGGACCGUUCAUUAUCCGAGAUGUCACUGAUAAAAACACGUAUCAGCUUAGCACCCGCAACGGAUAUAUCCUCCGUCGACUCUACAAUGGAGAGCGAUUGAAACGGUACUUACCUUCAAAACUUGAUCCCGAGCCGCCAUUAUGCAAUGCUUACCGGAUCCCGCUCCUGAAGGAAGACAAUUGGCUCCCGUGGAAGCGCCGCGUCGAGGCCAUCCUUAAUGAUAAGGGUCUCCAGGAGUAUGUGACCGGAAAGACACCGAAGCCGCAGCCGAGUAAUGACCCGGCCAAUAGGGCAGCGAGAGAGGCGGAGAUUAGCGCCUGGGGAGAGAAGGACCUCAAGGCCCAGAACGUAAUUGUGCUAUCACUGGGAGAUUCCCAGAUGAUGCACAUCGCUGGAGCCGAGACGGCACGGGCCAUGUGGGAGCAGCUUCGCACAGUCAAGGAACAGCGUGGACAGCAUGGAAUUCUCGCGCUGUGCCGGCGUUUUUACCGGAUGCAAGCCAAGGAAGAAGAUAAUAUCUCCAGUCACAUUACACAGCUACGACAGAUCCAGGAACAACUCCACCUAAUGGGGAAGGUUGUUUCCGACGAAGAUUUCCGGCUCAUUCUGGCUACCUCAUUACCGGAGAGCUGGGACUCUUUCCUCAGCUCUUACUUUGGCGCCGUGGGCGGCAAUGUUGGCGCCGAAGGUGCUGACAACGUGCGCCCUCAGCUUACAUCACAAGAAUUGAUUGCCAUCAUUCUUGAUGAAAAUAGGCGAAGGCACGAGCGUGGCGAGCGCGGUCAAUCCUCGGACCAAGCCAUGGUUGCCAAAGGAAAGAAGCGCCCCUUUGGGGAAUACAAAAAAUGUUCGAUCUGCGGAAAGCCGGGACAUCUUGGUAACGAGUGUCGGCACCGCGACAAGGUCAAAUGUAUGAAUUGCGGAAAAUUCGGGCAUAAGGCCACGGAUUGUUGGGCUAAAGGCGGCGGCAAAGCCGGACAGGGCCCGCCGAUGAAACGGCAAAAGACGGAACGUGCUUACGAAGCGUGCGAGGUCGAAUCAAAAGAGGAUGAGGCAAAAAUAGCCUACGAUAAUGAUAGCGACACUGUAUCUCUCGGAUCUGAUGGCGAAAUCGCUUCUUUCUAUGAGUGGUUUGCCGACUCCGGGACAACUUCGCACAUUACAAAUCGUCGUGAAGUCUUCGCGACCUAUCAGGCGCUCGAAGAUCACGCGAUCACGGGCAUCGGACCGCAACCAACGCAGGCAUUGGGCCGCGGUAUGGUCGAUGUCGAAAGUAAAGUAGGAGACCGGAAAGUGAAAUUCCGUCUCCACAGUGUACUGUAUGCGCCGACAGCACCCAAUAGCCUCCUCUCCAUCACGCGUUUGGACGAUGCGGGAGGAAGAGUACUUAUGGUCUAUAUUAAAAAUAGAUCGCCUACCCAGGCGUUAAAUGGGGCAACUCCCGAAGAAAAAUGGAAUGGGACGAAACCAAAUAUCUCGUACCUACAAGAAUUCGGUUCCCCCGUAUGGGUCCUCACGGAGGACGCAACACUAUCAAAGCUAGCGCCCCGUGCCAACAAGUAUAUUUUUGUUGGAUACAUGGACGGACCCAAAGCCAUCAAAUAUUAUGAUGCACAUACGCGCCAGAUUAAAAUCUCGCGUAAUUUCCAAUUUUCUUCGAAUUCCCCGGACCAUUUGCCCGGUAACGCGCCUCACGUGCCACAAGAGCAAAUAGGAUCCGACGUACCUAUCCUCACAGCACAGCGUGAGGGGGAGCAAAAUAUAUUUCCGGGCACUUUACCUAGCAAUGCGUCAGACGUGCCGCAUGCGGAAAGAAGACCCGAAGUCCCAAACCUCACAACGACCGCAGACGUGCAGCGCGAGGGGGAGUUAGGAACUUCCGCGCCACAGUCACCUGCCAAAAAUCCGCGAAAGCGCAGACAGGAUGAUGAUCCUGAUCAACGCGAGGAAAGCGGGACGGACGCACCAAGCCAGCCCAGACGAACCAGAAGAAAGACAGUUCAGCAUGAUUACCGUCUAAUGCACAACCCAGAGGCAGACGAAGAUCUGGAUAAUGAUCCAGAUAAAUCAAAUGCCGAAUUAGUCUAUAUUGCGAUGAGCGCCCACGGAAAUGCGGAUGCGGAUGAGCCAAAGACGCUCAGUGAUGCCAAGAGAUCACUCGAGUGGCCCAAAUGGGAACAGGCAGUCCAGACGGAACUCAAUCAACUACAGGGUAUGGAGACUUGGGAGUUAGUGGAACCUCCCGAAGAUCGAAAACCCGUAGGAAAUAAAUGGGUUCUAGUUAAGAAAACAAACAAAGAGGGUGAAAUAAUCAAAUACAAAGCCCGCCUGGUUGUGAAGGGAUAUUCUCAAAUCCCAGGCAUGGACUAUACCGAGACGUUCGCGCCCGUAGUCCGCCUCGAAACCAUUCGAGCUAUCCUCGGGCUAGCCGCAAUCUUAGAUUGGGAGAUCGGACAGAUGGACGUGAAAGGCGCCUAUCUCAAUGGAACUCUCAAAGAAGAAGUGUAUAUGCGGCAACCCGAAGGAUACAGCGAUGGAACAUACCGCGUAUGUAAAUUAAAGAAAACCCUCUAUGGGCUAAAGCAGUCUGGCCGAGAAUGGAAUAUCGUGCUGAACCGCAAGUUACUAGACGCGGGAUUCAAGCGCCUAUUCUCGGAUCCAUGUGCAUACAUUCGGAUCAAAGGUGAUAAGAUAGAAAUCGUCACCGUUUGGGUAGACGACCUAUUAAUAUUCACCAAUGAUUGCGCACUGAUGGACCAAUUGAAGAGGGAACUCCGAAAUAUGUUCGAAGUUACCGACCUUGGCGAACCCCGAAAAAUUGUGGGGAUAGAAAUUGAGAGAGACCGUUCAAAGCGGACAAUCAAAAUCUCUCAGACAAAAUAUAUUGAGUCUAUCCUACACAAGAAUGGGCUUACGAACGCCAACACGGUCGGGAUGCCUCUUGAUCCAAAUACAGUGCUUGAAAAAGAAGAACCCGAAACUGAUGACGAAUGCAACCGAGACAACGGAUAUGCAUCGCUCGUCGGAUCACUGAUGUACGCGGCAAUUGCCACGAGACCAGACAUUGCUCACGCCGUGCAACGGCUUAGCUCAUUUACUGCCAAUCCCGGAAUGGCUCAUUGGACUGCUGCUAAACGCGUCCUCCGCUAUCUAUCCGGAACGCGAGAACUUGGAAUAAUCUACGGGCCAAUUGCAGAUGUCAAGCCCGAAGAUCAAUCCAUAUUUGUGGGCUACUCAGAUGCAGACUAUGCGAACGAUAUCCGAGAUCGCAAAUCAAUCUCGGGAUAUUUAUUUAAAUUAGGAAAUGGCACGAUCACGUGGAGCUCAAAGAAGCAAACCACGGUCGCGUCAUCCACCACGGAAGCCGAAUACAUGGCAUCCGCCGAAGCGGCAAAAGAAGCCGUGUGGCUCCGAACACUAUUCAAAGAAAUAGGUUUCGAGCAACAAGAUCCUACAAUUUUAUUCGAGGAUAAUACAGCGGCGAUCUCAAUCGCACGUGAUCCCCAAUUCCACGCGAAAUCAAAACACUUUGAUGUAAAGCAUCAUUAUGUGCGCGAAAAAUUGAGGGAUAAAUAUAUUGAUAUCCACUACUGUCCCACGGAGGACAUGAUAGCGGAUAUCCUAACAAAAUCACUCCCUAAGCCGAGGCACGAGAAGCUCACAAAGAAGCUCGGAAUGCCCAUCGGCUUGAGGGGGAGUGUUGGAAAGUAG